GAGUGAGAAAGACAGACAGAGUGAGAAAGAUAGCCAGAUAGAGAGAGCCCGGGGUAGAUAGCGAGAGAGAGAGAGAGAGAGAGAGAGAGAGAGAGAGAGAGACAGACAGACAGACAGACAGACAGACAGCGUGAUAUAGAUAGAGAGAGAUAGAGAGAGAGAGAGAGAGAAAGAGAGAGCGCGAGAGAAAGGGGUUCCCCUGUGCGUCAUUUCGCACAGAACAGACAUUGGUAUUUCAUGUGUGAAGCCGCGGACAUCAACGAGGAAGUAGAGCAAAGCAGCGUCGGAACAACAACAUAAAGUCUGAACUCUGUCAAAGUGACAUGAUCAGAUUUAAAGGCUGGAGCGUCUGAAGAGUUGCACUUCUUGCUGUGCGCCCGCACGGUGGAUCCAGCUCGCCAAUGCCCAAAGAGUGCAGGAGAAAGAGCUCCAAGGACUCCGGGCUCCCAGGGACUGGAAUAAACGAGGGUCCCCGCUCAGAGCGAAGAACUGCCGCCGCGAAGUCCCCGCAGCUCUGCGAUGAUCUCCUCCACAGAGCCGCUCAAAUCUCACCCUCGUCCGCAACCGGUGCGCCGCCGACUGCAGUGAUGGAUCAGCGCCGGGUACCGCAGGUCACCAUCACCCCGGAGGGAGGCGGCUGCUCCCGGGAGAUGCGGCAGGAGGACUGGGAUGACGAGGUGGUCGGUAACUUGCGGAGGAAGCUGUCCAACUCCUCCAUCUCCUCCACGGGCUCCUCUGCCGUGGAGUCCGAAGAUGACUUACUGAGUGACAACGAGAGCAAAAGCAAAGGCAUCAUCGCUCUGGAGCAUCUGGUGGACACUGGAGAGAGCAAGCCGUGGUGGAAGUUAAAGGCGAUCGUUCAAUGGCCGUUCAGCGUGAGCCAGAGGAGAAAACUGAACUGGGUUCAGCUCGCUGGGCAUAAAGGUAACUUCAAAGCAGCAGAUGAGGGCUCGAUUCUGAAGAAGUUCUCAGAAAACGAGAUGCAGUGUUUUGAGAAGCUGCGGGACGACGCGCUGCUCGCUUUCGUUCCUGCUUACCAUGGCGUCGUGGAGAAGGACGGGGAGUCUUUCCUCCAUAUGACCGACCUGCUGGCAAACUUUGAACUUCCCAAUGUCAUGGAUUGUAAGAUGGGAGUCAGGACGUACUUGGAGGAGGAGCUUGUUCGAGCACGGGAGCGGCCCAAGCCGAGGGAGGACCUGUACAAGAAGAUGGUGGAGGUGGACAGCGGAGGGCCGACUCCCCAGGAGCACGCCCAACGAGGGGUCACCAAGCCGCGCUACAUGCAGUGGAGAGAGACCAUGAGCUCCACCAACACCCUGGGCUUCAGGAUCGAAGGGAUCAAGAAAUGUGACGGUACCUGUCAAACUGACUUCAAGAAAACCAGAUCGAAGCAGGACGUCAUCCAUGUGUUCGCCGACUUUGUUGGCGGGAACGUUAACGUCAUGAAGUCUUACCUGAGCAGACUGACGGAGAUCCGGCAGGCCCUAAAGACAUCAGAGUUCUUCAGACGUCACGAGGUCAUUGGCAGCUCUCUCCUCUUCAUCCAUGACCACAAGGGCAAUGCACAGGUCUGGAUUAUUGACUUUGGAAAGACCACAGCUUUGCCAGAGGGCCAGAUGUUAAACCACGAUAUUCCCUGGAAGGAAGGCAACCGUGAGGACGGUUACCUGUGGGGGCUGGAGAACCUCAUCCACACACUGGAGACUGUGAGCCUCAGGGGGAACGGUGACCAAACCUGUUGCUCAGUUACCAAAGAAAAUAACCAGAUGGUAGAAACAGAUGGCCUGUGACCUUUGACCUAUGAACGCAUGCAAAAAACUCAAACUAUUUUAAUGGACAUCAAAUAGAGAAAAUCCGCCCCCCCAAUACCUUUCAGGGGGGGUUUCAACAUAUGUCAAUAUAAUUUGAGGUCUCUGUAUGAGUUUUGUUAAGCAAUUACGAUGAGCUCCUGCAGUAAUCCAAGGAUCUGGCUUUUACCAGUUCAGGUAAUAGGGGACCAUAUUGGGCACUGAAAGGUUUGGUACUAACACUGACAAAAAAAUACACUGAACUGAGAGGAGCCCGAGAAUUUGUCGCUAGUUUGUGCAAAUGAACUGACACUAAUUCAGCUUCCUGCAACGUGAGCAGAGGUGAAAGUGAAGCAUUUUUGUGACCUGGUUAGAGAGAUGGAAUUUGCUUCAGUCAAGGUAAAAAUUCAGAAAAUGAUAUCAAGGAGUAAAUCACAAACUCAGGGACACCUCGGAUCAUAGAUUGUAUUAUUAAGAUGGACGGCAUGUCCCAACUUUCUCCCACUAUUCAGAAAUGAAGCCAAAAUAUCCCAGUUACUUUUUAAGUUUAGUUCAUGUCCCUAACAUGGAUAAGGUGAGUAUGGCUUCACUUUCUGGGAGCUGUAACGUUGUCCAUCUUUAUAUAAAGUCUAGGAUUUAUACUGUCAACCUUCAUGUUACAAACCUGGGUGUGGUAUCCAAGCACAAUUUAUUUUCUGUAGAGACUGGGUCAUAGCUCGUAUAAUCAUACAACUACAACAUUAUAACACAUUGUCAGUAUAAGACUGUAUUAUCAGUGUCACUGUUUUGUUCAACUGUUAUGUAUUCAACUGUAAUUGAUUGCCUAUCAAUUCAUAUUUCUGUUAUUGAUUUUAUUCAUGUAAUCAAACUUUGUGUUGCUGCAGAUACACUGCACUGUUUGUAACAGCCCAUUCUAUUGGUUAAUCGGUAUAUUAGAAGAAAUGUGCAAAUUAAAUUAAUGGAAAUACACACAGAAUGAAAAGGGACAUUAUUUGAUAAAGAUUAAAAAAAAUGUCAAUAGUAAAACACUAUUUUCAAGUAUUUUAUACAUUAGUCGGGACUGAGUUUGCACCUGUAACUGUUACCAGUACAAAACUGUGGGUAAAUAAUGAAACUUACACAGUUGAGAUAAAUAUAUGAUGAUUUAUUUGGGGCACAUUAAGGUAAAAGAUUAAAGUGUGAAAGACCGUAUAUUGCAUAGAAUGUCUUUGCACUGUUGGUUGAGGUUUAACACAGUUGGCUACUUAAAGAAUAAAGAAAUCAAUCCACCAGGCCUUAAAAAAAAUAUAUACACUGUGAGCAAGAGGUGCUUGUAAAAUAAAUUCCACUGAAAUCAA